CACCCAACUACCCCCAUCAUAAGACCAUAUAAAUUUCUCCAUUUUCCUCACCACAUUUAACACUCCUUCUUCUUCCAAAUAUGGCUUCCAUGAAAAAGCUUGAGUUUCUUCAACUCAACCUUUUCAUUACUUUCUUGUUCAUGUUACUACUUAUACAGGCCAUGGCUGAGCUUCAUCGGUUGGAACAUCCGGCGAAAACUGACGGUUCGUUGAGCAUUUUGGUCAUCGGAGACUGGGGAAGAAGAGGACUGUAUAACCAAUCUCAUGUUGCUCAUCAAAUGGGAAUAAUUGGAGAGAGAUUAAGCAUAGAUUUUGUUGUAUCAACUGGCGACAAUUUCUAUGAUAAUGGAUUGACUGGUGUGGAUGAUCCAGCCUUUGAGGAAUCUUUUACCAAUGUUUACACUGCUCCAAGCUUACAAAAAACGUGGUAUAAUGUUUUGGGGAACCAUGAUUACAGAGGUGAUGCUUUAGCACAAUUGAGUCCCAUUCUUAAGCAAAAGGAUAACAGGUGGAUUUGUUUAAGAUCUUAUAUUGUUAAUACAGCAGAUGUGGCAGAAUUUUUCUUUGUAGAUACAACUCCAUUCCAAGAUAAGUAUUUCACAAAUCCUAAAGAUCAUACUUAUGACUGGAGAAACGUUUUGCCUCGAAAAGAUUAUCUCUCCAGUGUUUUGGAGGAUUUGGACACAGCAUUAAGGGAAUCAAGUGCAAAAUGGAAAAUAGUUGUUGGUCACCACACCAUUAAAAGUGCUGGACACCAUGGUAACACUGAGGAGCUUGAACUCCAGCUUCUUCCCAUCUUACAGGCAAACAAUGUUGACUUUUACCUGAAUGGACACGACCAUUGCUUGGAGCACAUCAGCAGCUCAGAUAGUCCACUACAAUUCUUGACAAGUGGUGGGGGUUCAAAGUCAUGGAGGGGUGAUGUUAAUUGGUGGAACCCAAAUGAAAUGAAGUUCUAUUAUGAUGGACAAGGCUUUAUGGCUAUGCAAAUUACUCAAACAGAAGUUUGGAUCCAAUUCUUUGACAUUUUUGGCAACGUUUUGCAUAAAUGGAGUGCCUCAAAACCCCUCUUUUCCAUUAUGUAGACAGCUCCCAAAAAAAAUGAUGGAAUUAAUUAAUUUGCUUCUGCUUACUUACAAGUUAAAUAUCCUAAUCAUUGAUGUAAUUGAAAAUUAGUGAAGCUUCUCACCCAUAAUUAAUUUCCCUCUAGUUGUCUAAUUUAAUUUUAUGGGCUGAUGUAUUGUACCCAAUAUCUUCUAUUGUAAUAUUAAUCCAAGUUUAUAUUAAGUAUUCAUAUUUACCAACUCC